AUGCGUCCUCCGAAACACGACCCUGCCAAGCCGCACUGCUUCUUGACACACUGCUUGCGUAACCUGGAAGCCAGCCACACCAAUGUGUUGGAGGAAAAACCGUACUGGCGACCAAAGUCAGCGUGCAUGCGCCCGGCCCGCCAUAAGGAGUCGCUAGAGCGCAAUGGUGGCUGUACCUGUUUGGGCUCAGGCUACAGUAGCUCUUAUGAAAAGUUGAUGUUUGACCCAACGGAGAGGAGUGGAGUUGGGUGGAGUGGAGCAUUUGUCCCUGGGUGGCAGAGCUCCAAUGGGAGGCAGCUCUGCCUCUGGCUGGGACAGGGGAUGCUGAACGGGGGGAGGGAGGGCCUGUUUCAGCUGGGACAGCAGCUCCAGCAGCAGGGGGAGUACCAGGCCGCCCUACACUGCUUCCUCAGCUCUCUGCUGGGGUUGAGGCAUGUGCAGAGCUUUACCUCGCUGCCCAACUGCCUGCAUCAGAUUGCUGAACUCUUCAUCUCCGAAAAUAAUUACGGCAAGGCCCUGCAGUUCAUUCAAGCUGAGAAGAUGUUCUAUGAGGUUGCUCUGAUCGAGCUCACUGCUGUUCAGGGGAGCACAGGCCCCCAGGAGGAGGCUUUGCUGGGCUCGGCAGGGACAGGAUGGGCGUCCUCAGAGGAGCUAUCGGAUCAGGCCUCCCAUGCACAGCACCUGGAGCAGCUAGCCCAGCUCUGCAUCGUGAGUAAAAGACCUCAUCUUGCUUUAGAGUACAGUGGGAAAGCCACUAAGAUCCAUCAGAGGGCCUUUGGCAACGACCACCCCAUCACAGACAGGAGUCUGGAGCUGCUGGCCACCGUCUACGCAGAGAUCGGCAAGACAGAAUACUCAGACUCCCUGGACCAGUGUGUGUCAGUGCUGUCCAAGAGGUUUGCUGCUGCCGAGUCCUUCAGAGACAAACUCAACAACGAUCUUCCCCAUUCCCACUCCCAUUCCCAUCGGGAGAAACACUCCGAGGUCUGGCACGGGAAAGACCCCAGUCCACAGGAUGACACACCAAAACCGAAGGUCACCAACGGUAAAAUCCCUACGUCCAUACUGAAGAGGUCUGGCUCAGGAUCAGACUCGGAGCCCAGCCACAGAUGGAAAGGCGAGCGACGGGUCCGGUUCCGGGAGCCUGAGACCACUGUGCAUGCCUAUGACACGUCACCGCCACGCCCCCACCUGGCCCUGUUCACCUGCUUGUUCCUGCUGAUGUCACUGCUGGGCGUGGUCAUGUACAGCACGGACCGCCGGCGCCCACAGCGUGUGUGUGAGGAGCUGGAGGCCUCGCUGGCUGUCUAUCUGAUACACAUGAAACAGCUGCUGUGGGGCUGCUGGAUCUGGCUAACCAUGCAGUGACUGGGAGCCACCGAAGGGGGAGACGUGGAGCAGUGAAUUCACUCUCUUCCUCACUACAUGUCCCUUAAGGUGUCCUUACCCAGCUUGGUCCACGAGCACACCUCAGUCAUACACACUGACUAUCUAUCUAUGGUGUUGAGAUGUGCACCCCUACUGCUACGCUCACACCCAUAUAUGGAGAAAUGUGUCAUCUCAGAGAUACAGUACGUAUCCUCCAGGCCUGUACACUGGUGGUGGGUAUGCAGCCAUGUUUGUUUUAUCGAUAAGACGUUUUGCACAUCAGCAAUGUUGACGCUCACUGAUUAUGCUCACUUAAUUGCUACAAUCAUUUACAUUUUCCAUUCUUGACAAAAUCUAUUGUAUGUGAGUAAAUGUUUAAUGGAUUGCAAAAUCAAUUGUAUUUAUUUUAUUACAGUACAUAAUUUUGUGUACUUAAAAGAUUACUACAGAUAUGAAUGUCUAUAUACCGUAUAGUAAGGAUUAUCACAAUAUUACGCCUUGUUAUUGCACAUAAUUGAAUGUAGAAAAUGUGAAAACUGCUUUAAAUUGGCUAAAAAACACCCUUACUGUCUAAAAUAAGGAUUAUGGAUUGAGUCAAGCACAAUGUGAACACCUUUUAAAAGGGAUUUCUGAACCAGACACAGGACCGCUUCAAUUCACAGUGCCAGGUUGAUCUAGCAAAUUGAUUGACAAAGCCAUCUUUCUUUUACAGCAUAAGAACUGUAGUCUGACCAUUUUUAGGUCAGAUAAAUGUUGUGAUCCCAGUUGGACAAAGAUGACGACUUCAGCACAAUAAUAUGAAUCCUCUCUUUCCUGGGAAUGUACUCAAAUUCAAUGAGUGAUUAUGACAGUGUACCUCUUGGUAAAUGCUAAAAUGCCACAAGUAAUAUCCUCUAUCCUCUAAAUGUUAUUUAUUUCUUAUAUACUGCAUAUCUGCAUCUACUCAAAUAUCCAAUACUUUUGUUUUCUUUACAGUACAUUUUGAAAGGGCUUUUGUUGCAUUUCUAUUUUUUGAUUGAUCCGAUAUUCAGGUUUUAAUCUUCAUGUCAAAUGCUUUAAAAGCUGUGGAUUAUUUGGGGAUUGAAACAUACUUUAAAUUAGAGCAAAUGUUUAUGAUGCAAAGUAAAUAAAAGGUAUGUACAUUAACUGUAUGGUCCAAUGAUCUAGGGUAAGAUGCAGCAACAUUGUGACACUAAUUGAAGCAUCACUGUGGGACCUUCAUUAACUGGCACCAUUCAAAUAUAGAGCAUUUAGAAAUUGAGUCUCUUCUUUACAGGUGUUGAGCUUGAAAAGGGCAAAGUGAUGCUUAUCAAAUACAUGUCAAUCUGAGCAAUAAAACACAAGACAUUGUUUCCAAUAAUACAUAUUCUUUAUACAGCUUUCAGGGAACACAACUAUAGGAAAGAGUCAGUGUUGGAAAAAAUCUGAGCAAUACGAUGCAACCAAUGUCUGAAUGGAAGAGAUACUGAGACUGAAGGUUUUCUCUGCACUCUCAAGCAGAGCUACUGUCAUUAGCAGCACAAAUACCUAGCAAGUAAACAUGGCCUGUAUCUGCACAUUUUGGUUUGUAGCUGCAUUUCACUGCUGACAAUCUGUAUGUGGUGCCUUUUAGAAGGAUUUCUUAGUUUCUAUCUUUUUUUAUUUAAUUGAAUAAUUUUAAAUAAAACUGUCAUUGCAUACCAAA